AUGACCGGUGGCGCCCAGUGGCUCACGGCAAGCCGCCGCCAGGCUCUUUCAUUGUUUCGUUGCGGCGUAGCAGCCGCUGACCCGGAAACGGCAAUCGCUGCGGUCCUGACGAUGCAGGACGAGCGGCUCUCGGCAGUCAGUCACGACGGCACCGAGGUCGAUUCCGUGCUGCAAAAGAAAUUUUCACGGAUCCAUGUCGUUGCGGUGGGUAAGGCAGCGUGCGCCAGCGCCGCCGCCGCGCGAUCGAUCAUUCCACACGACCUAAUUUGUGAGCCGGUUUUAGCCCUGACCAAUAGUGCCAAUGUGCUAGAGCUUCCCACCGCUCGGGUGUUUGGCGCCGGUCAUCCGCAACCUGAUGCCGCCGGACAGCAGGCAACACGACAUGUGAUUCAAUGCCUGGCCAACGCCAAACACGACGAGCUGGUACUGAUGUUGAUUAGCGGCGGCGGCUCAGCCUUACUGUGUUGCCCAGUGGAGCCUAUUUCGCUCGAAGACAAGAUCCGUACCAAUCAGCUACUACUUGGCUGCGGCGCAUCGAUCAAUGAGGUCAACACCAUUCGAAAACACUUGUCACAGGUAAAGGGCGGACAGCUGGCCAAGAUCGCCAGUCCUGCCAGCGUACACAGCUUGAUGCUCUCUGAUGUCAUCGGUGAUGAUGUCAGCACAAUUGCCAGUGGACCAACUGUGCCGGACCCGACGACCUACGCUGAUGCCAUCGCGAUAGCCAAAGCCAAAAACAUCUGGCUCGAACUUCCUGAAUCGGUGCACAACCAUCUGACAAUGGGUCAGGCUGGCCAGGUUGCGGAAACGCCCAAAGUUAGCGACCCUGUGUUUGACCGGACCAGCUACCAAGUGAUUGGUAGCAAUCGGCAGAGUCUUGAGGCGGUCGAACAAUCGGCAAGUAUGCAACGUCAAACCAAGGUACUGAGCACCGCUUUGUGCGGCAAUACGAACGCAGCAGUGGAUGAGCUCAUCGCGGCGGCAGUAUCCGCCCUCGAUCAGCCUGGUAAUCGGCCAAUGGCGAUUAUUGCCGGCGGUGAAACAACGGUGAAGCUGCGGGGGGAUGGUCGCGGUGGCCGAAAUCAGGAAAUGGCAUUGGCUUUUGCAAUUCGCGCCAAACUGCAGCAGCUGCCGAAACGGUGGGUAUUUCUUAGCGCCGGCACUGACGGCCUGGACGGACCAACCGAUGCUGCCGGCGGGAUGGUUGAUCCGUGGAGCCUGGAAAGGAUGCAGCGCCAAGGCAUCACGCCCACCAGCUGGCUAGAAAACAACGAUUCCUACAACGCCUUGGCGCAAUCUGACGACCUGUUGCUCACCGGUGCAACCGGCACCAACGUCGCCGAUUUGCAGAUACUGUUAAUCAACUAG